UGCUGCGGAGUCAUGUGACCCGAGUAACAUGGCCGCUGCCCCGUGAGCGCUGCUGGUGCUGGCGGGAGCAAGUCGCCUGAGCUGUUAGGCGGCCAGGGUCCGGUGUGCUGAAGCAGGGUCUGGGCCCAGGUUCCAAGGCGCGGCGGCAGAGCGAGGCAGGCGGGCUUGGGGCGGCGUGGUCCAUGAGCCGGCGCCGGGGACAGCGCGGAGCCGCAGACUCCUCUGGCCCCGGCGCGGCCCCGGCAGCCGCGGGCUAGAGUCGCGAAGACCCUCGAGCUGUCACCAUGAACCCUGAGAAGGAUUUCGCGCCGCUCACACCCAACAUCGUGCGCGCCCUCAAUGACAAGCUAUACGAAAAGCGGAAGGUGGCAGCGCUGGAAAUCGAGAAGCUGGUCCGGGAGUUCGUGGCCCAGAACAAUACUGUGCAAAUCAAGCAUGUGAUCCAGACCCUGUCUCAGGAGUUUGCCCUGUCUCAGCACCCCCACAGCCGAAAAGGGGGUCUCAUCGGCCUGGCCGCCUGCUCCAUCGCACUGGGCAAGGACUCAGGGCUCUACCUGAAAGAACUGAUUGAGCCAGUGCUGACCUGCUUCAAUGAUGCAGACAGCAGGCUACGCUACUAUGCCUGCGAGGCACUCUACAACAUUGUCAAGGUAGCCCGCGGCGCCGUGCUGCCCCACUUCAACGUUCUCUUUGACGGGCUGAGCAAGCUGGCUGCUGACCCAGACCCAAAUGUGAAAAGUGGAUCUGAGCUCCUAGACCGCCUUUUAAAGGACAUUGUGACUGAGAGCAACAAGUUUGACCUGGUGGGCUUCAUCCCCUUGUUGCGGGAGAGGAUUUACUCCAACAACCAGUAUGCCCGGCAGUUCAUCAUCUCUUGGAUCCUGGUUCUGGAGUCUGUGCCAGACAUUAACCUGCUGGAUUACCUGCCAGAGAUCCUGGACGGACUCUUCCAGAUCCUGGGCGACAAUGGCAAAGAGAUUCGGAAAAUGUGUGAGGUAGUUCUUGGGGAAUUCUUGAAAGAAAUUAAGAAGAACCCCUCCAGUGUAAAGUUUGCUGAAAUGGCCAACAUCCUGGUGAUCCACUGCCAGACGACAGAUGACCUCAUCCAGCUGACAGCCAUGUGCUGGAUGCGGGAGUUCAUCCAGCUGGCUGGCCGCGUGAUGCUGCCUUAUUCCUCUGGGAUCCUGACUGCUGUCUUGCCCUGCCUGGCCUACGAUGACCGUAAAAAAAGCAUCAAGGAGGUGGCCAACGUGUGCAACCAGAGCCUGAUGAAGCUGGUCACCCCUGAGGACGAUGAGCCAGAUGAGCUGAAGCCAGUGGUGCAGAGACAGACUGAACCCAACCCGGAUGACUCCCUAGGAAAGCAGGAGGGGGCAGCCAGUGGAGGUCCAGAUGGUUCUUGUGACUCCAGCUUCAGUAGUGGCAUCAGUGUCUUCACUCCAGCCAGCACUGAAAGAGCCCCAGUGACCCUUCAUCUCGACGGGAUUGUGCAGGUCCUGAACUGCCACCUUAGUGACAUGGCCAUCGGGAUGAUGACCAGGAUUGCUGUUCUGAAGUGGCUCUACCACCUCUAUAUCAAAACUCCUCGGAAGAUGUUCCGACACACGGACAGCCUCUUCCCCAUCCUACUCCAGACGUUAUCGGAUGAAUCUGAUGAGGUUAUCCUGAAGGAUCUGGAGGUGUUGGCAGAAAUUGCUUCCUCCCCUGCAGGCCAGACAGAUGACCCUGGACCUCUCGAUGGCCCCGACCUCCGGAUCAGCCACUCAGAGCUCCAGGUGCCCACCCCUAGCAGAAUCGGCUUGCUGAACAGCCCUGGUACCAAAGGCUUAGAAUGUUCUCCUUCCACUCCCACCAUGAACUCCUACUUCUAUAAGUUCAUGAUCAACCUUCUCAAGAGGUUCAGCAGUGAACGGAAGCUCCUGGAGGUCAGAGGCCCUUUCAUCAUCAGGCAGCUCUGCCUCCUGCUGAAUGCAGAGAACAUCUUCCACUCGAUGGCAGACAUCCUGCUCCGGGAGGAGGACCUCAAGUUCGCUUCGACCAUGGUCCAUGCCCUCAACACCAUCCUGCUCACCUCCACAGAACUCUUCCAGCUGAGGAACCAGCUCAAGGACCUAAAGACUCUGGAGAGCCAGAACCUGUUCUGCUGCCUGUAUCGCUCCUGGUGCCACAAUCCAGUCACCACAGUGUCCCUCUGCUUCCUUACCCAGAACUACCAGCAUGCCUAUGACCUCAUCCAGAAGUUCGGGGACCUGGAGGUCACCGUGGACUUCCUCACAGAGGUGGACAAGCUGGUGCAGCUGAUCGAGUGCCCCAUCUUCACAUAUCUGCGCCUACAGCUGCUGGACGUGAAGAACAACCCCUACCUGAUCAAGGCCCUCUACGGCCUGCUCAUGCUGCUACCCCAGAGCAGUGCCUUCCAGCUGCUCUCGCACCGGCUCCAGUGCGUGCCCAACCCCGAGCUGCUGCAGACCGAAGACAGCAUGAAGGCGGCCCCCAACUCCCAGAAAGCCGACUCGCCCUGCAUCGACUACGCAGAGCUACUGCAGCACUUUGAGAAGGUCCAGAAUAAGCACCUGGAAGUGAGGCACCAGCGGAGUGGGCGUGGGGACCACCCGGACCGGAGGGUUGUCCUCUGACAGGCCUGGCACAGAGGAGAACCCAACAAGUGGUCCCAUGAAGCACUCAGGGUCUUCAGGCCCUCCCCAGGAGCCUGAGGACCUGCCUCUCAGGGCCAGGACUGGGCCUGACCACCAGCCCAGGGCAACAUGGGAGGCCAGGGGCUGCUGUGUCUACCCAGUCUGAGCCCAGUCCCUGGAGCCCUUGCGCUGUCAGCUGCACCCUGGCGUUGAGGCAGAGCUGGCUGCCCACCCAGCUUCGGAUACCACCCAUCCUCUGGAAUCAGUCUCUUGGAAAAAGAGCGUGACCUCCCUAGCCUACACAAGAGCUCUGGCCUUGUAUGCAUGUUUGUAUGCAUACAGAACAUGUGUGUACGUGUGUGUAUACUUUAUGCACAUAGGGGCCAGCACAGAGAUCUCUACUGAAUGAUCCCCCCUUCAAUAAAGAAAGAACAGAAACCCUCAA